CAUCUGUUGCCGUUUGAGUUGAAGAAGUAGAAAAGAGUUCUGAGUUGAGAUGUAAAUGGAUAUCUGUUGCGCACUGAGAUGAGAGUACAGACUCUGUCCUGAGAGGACCACAAUGCUGGAUUUCUGACGUGGACGAUGAAUUCCAAUCGUAUAAGUUGUUGUGUGCUAUUAAACAGUCAUAAGAUUAAGAACUCAAAUUACCUUGUUUGUCUCAUUCUAACGAUUAUUAUUGAUGAUUUUUACCUCAUUGUCCUCUACCUCUUUGUCCACCAAUCAAACUACAAUCAAUCCACCAACCAAACUGCAGGAAUUUUCUACUUGUGAAAACCUCUUAACUUCGUUCUCUCGAUUUUCUUCCACCUUGCACCCACAUAAAACUUUGCGAAUUCAUAGAAAUUCUUUCUACAAUUCAUCUUUGUUGAGUUUGUCCAGUGUGAGAUUCUAUCUCGUCAUAGCCAUCUGCUCCUGCUAGGUUCAUCUUCUACAUCCAGUUAGUACGUACACGUAAGCCAAGAAACCUAGUUUAUCCUCUGACAUCGUCUUGUCUAUCUCCUCGUUACAAAUAAACAAAGUAACAAGAAAGACCUCCAUCUACAGGUUUAUCUUCUUGUAGUUAGUACGUAGUACAAACGGACGAGAAACCCAAGAUGUUGGCAAAAGUGAUGCACGUGAGCCAUAUCCUUAUGGCAACAACUGCUAUUGCUGGAGGCCGAACGCGGGAGAUGACAGUCACUGCGGAUGGCGACGUUACAGAACUAGUUGAUGAAGUUUCUGCUGGUGGCGAGCGUGGUGAACAAGUUCUUGUACCUGGAGGUCAAGACAUUCUCAACUUCGAGCAAGAAGAGCAACAUUUCCAAGCACAACUGGCCUCUUCCAAGUCCAAGAGCAAUGGUUCCUAUCAACGAGAAGUUGGACAUCAGGCUGGUGGAGUUGCGCAUCAAGCUGGUACCAAGGAGAACUCCAAGAACAUUCCAGUGGGAUCUUUCAUCCAAAAGGGAUCGACUCAGAGGCCUACUGUGCGAGGAACUGUUGAGGCAUGGGAGGUCGAUGCUAGUGGGGCCGUUGCGCCUGAGGGGGAUCUCAGCCUCAGGUAUGGACUCUAAAGUGGCGGCGAGAACAAGAAGAUCAAAGCCUAAGCCUUCGGAAUAAAAAGGGAACGAAAAAUUAACGAUGAAUAAUCAAUGUAAGUAUUCAACAAUUGAAGAACAACUUAAUGAUGUACUAGCUCACCAUCCUAGGUGGCCUAGUACCCCUGGAAAUUACUUUCAAAUUAAUGAUAUAAUUUAAUUAGCGACCACGAUUCAAUUUCGGCAAGCUGAGGAGAACAACUGUGACAACUAUCUGUUAUGAUGUCAACGCACCGACAUUAUACCAUGUACUUGAUCUGCAUUAGACUUAAUAAGAAUAGUAGAUGUUCCUCUUCCUUCCUGUGCAACUUCAUUCGUUGAACAUUAGUUGCCAAAGCAAUGCUGUGAUAGUGAUCGAUUCCAGCGUGUACCUGAAUUCUACUAACAUAGUACUAUGAUUAAGACUAUAAUAGAUAAUCACACGUACUACAGGUAGUUGCUUGCUGAUAGAAAUUAGCUUGUUGUGGAGAUUUGUCUUGCAUCAGAUGUGCAGAUAAUUAAAGACGAUCAGUCACUAGUAGUGAAUCCUAUUCAACAGAGAAUUAUUUUCUUAUCUUGGUUAAAACUAACAACAACAACAUUUAAGUAUGUUGCGCAGAUCUUUAUUGUCUUAUCAAAUGCAUAAAUGAGUACGUAAAUUGUUGUAUGCGUACAAGAGGGGGGCAACCAAAACCAAUUAGCAUACACAAAAGCGGAGACCGAUAAUUUUCCAUACUAAAAAUUUCAAAAACAAAAU